CUGGAAUCAUUGCCGACGGAACUCAUUCUCGAGAUAUUUCAACAUCUUGAUUACCGUGCAUUGCUUGCCUGCGAGAAGACGUGCCGCCGCCUCCGAGACGUGGUUACGGGCCACUCCCUUCUGCAAUAUCAGAUCGCUCUUGCUUUGUCUGGGAUGCUCCAUGGAAUUGCUGGCCCUCUUUCUACUGCAGGACGUCUGAGUGCCUUGAUCCGAUACCAGUCAGCUUGGAGAAGUCUCGAGUGGUCUGCGCACAUGGCUUUCCCCUUGUUAGAAGGACUACCCAGGUGCUGGGACCUCUACGGCGGGGUUCUGGGAAUGAGAACCUCUGCCAGAAGCUUGUGUUUCAGGCAACUUCCUUCCCGGCUAAGGGGCAUUGAAUUUCGCGAAUGGGGUGUGGGAUUCGAAUACACUAUUGCCGACUUCUUCAUGGACCCAUCCCAGGACCUGCUUGUGCUGAUCCAGAACGAUGGUAUCACAGUGUGUAUCGUCUAUGUGAUUCUUCUUGCGAAUGGCGAAGCACAUAUAACGCAUAGAAGCCCUCGAGUGAUCAACCUCCCAGUCGCCUUUCCGCGGCGCAUCCCCCAUAUGGCGUACUCUAUCAAAGUCAACGGCGAUCAUCUCGGUGUCUUGUUCCUCGACGAACGUUCGCAGUCAGCUCACCUCGUGAUAUGGAAUUGGAAGGCGGGCGAAAUCGAGAUGAACAUGCAAGGACAAGGGCUGCAGUGCUUUGCGUUCCUCGACGAUAGGCGCGUCAUAAUCGGAUUAUUAUUUCGUCCACCGAAUGCUCCAGGAGGCCCGUCCCUGAUGGUGUAUGAUUACCGAAACACGUCGCCCGCGCUCAUCGAUGCGCAAAACAGUCCAUACAUGUGCGGUUUCGCUCUUCCUCGCAUGACGUUCUCUCCGUUCGACAAGAUCGUCAUCAACUCUGACCCGGGCCCGCGCGCGUCCCCGAAUCCCGAACUACGCGUGCCUUUCUGCAUCGAUCACAGCGACAGGCUUAUUCUCGUCGAGCUCUCCAGGCAACGCGGGGAAGCGGCAGCUGGCGUGGACGUGUUCAUUCCUACGCACGUUUUUCGGCCCUUCCUCCGCACGGCCAGGGCACCACGACGCUACGUCGAGUGGGAAGAGUGGGGGCCCGAGGGCACACGGGUGCUCCCGCACACAGCGGAGUGGCCAACCUGGGCGUGCUACGUCUACGGGAUGCGGUACGUAUACCCCCGACCGAUCACCGCGUCCAACGGCAGGCGGGCGAUCAGGGUCUUCGACUUCCACCCGACGAGACUCAGGCAGGCGCGCGCGACCGUUGCGGCGGAUGACGUGGACGCCUGGACGAUAGUGACAGACCAAGGCUACGUCGGGACGAGCGCGACGUGGGAGGUGGAGUUCUGGAAGCAGCACGGCGUCCAGUCGCACCUGCCGUUCCUCGUCAAAGAGAUACUUCUGCCACCGCAUGUACGCGCUGCCGCCAAUGACGACGUGUCUCUUAUGCUCAGCGAAGACACUAUCAUCGCUAUCGAAGACGUGAGUCCCUCCGUG